AUGGAUUAUACAGUUUCCCUCCAAGUGCAACACCAGCUGGCCGUGUUCCCGACACACUUCUGUCAGGGCUACAGUGUGGAGUUACAGAUGAAGUCAACAGAGGUGGACCAAGGGCUUUUCACAGAAGGCUACUGCAAAGUGUGCAGCGCGCAGCUCAUCUCCGAGUCCCAGAGGGUCGCCCAUUAUGAGAGUCGGAAACACGCCAACAAAGUGCGGCUGUAUUACAUGCUACAUCCUGUGGAUGGAGGCUGCCCUGCCAAGAAGCUCAGAACAGACAAUGGCAGUAACGAAGGCGACGUGGACAAGAAUAAGUGCUGUACGCUGUGUAACAUGUCCUUCACCUCAGCAGUGGUGGCACAGUCACACUACCAGGGUAAAAUCCACGCCAAGAGGCUAAAGCUGCUACUGGGGGAGCAGCCCACCAUCACAACUAAAGAGGCGUCCCCCAGUCCUGUAAAGAGCUCCCCUGAAACGUCCCCCAUGACGUCCCCACGACAGCGCCGCGACUCAGACCGCUACUGCCAGCUAUGCAACGCCUGGUUCAACAACCCCGGCAUGGCUCAGCAACAUUAUGACGGCAAAAAGCACAAGAAGAAUGCUGCCAGAGCAGACCUGCUGGAGCAGCUGGGCAAGACCCUGGACAUGGGAGAAAUGAAAGGUCUGAAGCGGAGCUACACCUGUGAAGUGUGCAGCGUCACACUGAACUCGGUGGCACAGUACCAUGCACACCUGCAGGGCUCAAAGCACCAAAACAAUCUGAAGAACCAGAUAUGUGUCCAGUGAGCGUGGGACAAAGAUGAAAACCCAACUACUGGAUUGAUGUCAGACAAGCUGUUGUCAGCUUGCCCUGCUUAUUCUGCCUCUGCUCCGCUUCUGCUCCCUCCACAUCAUCUCUCUCUCUCUCUCUUUCCCUCUGUCUGUUUUGGCCACCCCAACAACGAGGACAAUUUUGUUUUUGUAACACUCCAGCGCUGUAUCAACUCUCACCUGGCAGUCUACAGUACAGUUUUGACCAUUGAACUUUUAAACCAUUGACCCUUGACAUUCCACUGCAGCUGAACCUUGUGUUUGGGAUCCACUGACAUGACAGUGGCUCCGGCACACGGCAGCCUUUCUUUACAUGCAUGGACUAAAUUAUACUCUUUCCACGGGAUGCUAAGAGCUGUACGUGGAAUUUUGACUUGAGAAUAUGAGGGUUGUUUUCAGCUGUUGUUGUGGAACAGUUGAAGUUGAAAAUAUUUAUUUGAAAUUGAAAGAAAAGACACACAAAUGUACAUUACAGUACUGUAUAUUAUUUAGCAUUGUGGGCUUUGGCUAUGAGAACAUGAUUCUCUUUGUCCUCAGAUUCUGUACACACACAGUGCAACUUAACUUUAAUGCUUUUAUUGCAUACAUGCUUGCAGUGGAGCUAAAUCCCCUUACUGCUGAAAGGGGUCUAUGGCAAUAAUGACACUGGUUGGCCUCUUUCUGUACAGUAUGUUGAAAUGGUUUUAUCUUCUAUUGGCAGUGCUGAACAUUAAAUGACUUCUGUGGCUCUUGUAGUGCUUUAAGGAGACCAGCGGAACUGAUUAGCGACAUCAGCAUCUACACAGGACCAGUAAAUAGUUUUUUUAAACUUUAAAGGAAUAAUUCUGGCCGAUUACAACGAGGCUUUUAUUUUGAAUGUUGGCUAUCCUUCCUAUUGUUAAUGACUCACCAAAUAAAUGUGUGAGCUCUGGGAACACAGCAAGAUCACUAAAAGAAGUCCAAAUGGGCGAAAAAGACAAGUAGUCCAAUGAUCCAACAGGUUGUGAGCAAAACACCUAAGUCAAGUCAGAUUUAGUUAUAUAAAUAUAAAAACAACAGGAGUCAACCCAAAGUGUUUACAGUCAUGAUUAAGUUAGGCGAACUAUGAAAUAUUACUCCAUCCAUGCAUUCAUUAAUGUUUUGGAUGUUUCCAGUAGCAACAAGCCAAGAUAUUCUUCUUAACAUCCCCUAGUCCCCCAGGUCUACCUGUGGAAUUCUAAGCCCUUCCCGAGAUUCAAAAUAAAGAGGUUUCCAGUCCAAGGCCCUUCUGAAUGUCUGGGAGAUGUUCAUCCUGAAUAAAGGUGGAAUCAUUUUCAGGGGACAUACAUGACUUUGCAAAACUAAGCAAACAAAGGUGUCAUGAUAAUUCACUACCCAUUCUUGUGGAGGUGCACAUCUGUGCAUCAGCCAAGUUUGAAAGUUGCACAAAUCAAAAGUACAAAUAGAAACAAGCCGGCCUCAUGGUCAUCUCUGAUAUUGUCCCUGCUUUUAACAUUCAUUUAUUUACAGGCUGCAAAAGCUGAUUGAAACCAGCAAGUACAGACUCCCUGUUUAGGACCCAAAUCUUGGCCAUUUGUAACAACAAUUUCGUUAUUUUUAACAAAAGUUUUUGACCGUAAUGGUACUGGUCAGGUGUUUAAAAAAAGAGUUCCUCUUCCACCGUACCACGACUUUCUAAUAGUGUUUGCAUUCCUGCCUCGAUCGCAAGUUACACGUGGCCUAAAGGGAGCAGUUCUUUGUUUAACACCGUGACUAGCGUCUUGGAGGGGCUGACCCUCAUCACCCAGUGUGCACUGGAGGUCGCAGCCUAAUGUCGCCAGCAGAACAGAACAAUCUGCACACAGUAUAGACACAGUCUUGAAGGCCUCACUCAAUAGGUUGUCAGAUGCCGCAACACUGCUACAUCUACAUUGGUGGAUCCAAUCCUGACAUUUAACUUUCCUAACUUUACGAAACAAACAAUGCAACAAUCAUGCUCACAUUAAGCAGCAAUUGGCCAUGUGUGUGGAGCUGAGUCAAGAUGGACAUACAUUGUGGGACUUUAAUUCCACUUAUGUGCCAUUCGGUGAUGAAAUGUUCCAGAAAAGAGGCAUCUGCAAUUUAAGCAUUUUAAGCAUUAAGCUGAAUGAAAACAUUUUAGGAUACUAUAUUACGAACAGAGCACUGGCCACAUUCCUAGUACUCUAUUUCUAAUUAUUUCUUGCUGUGCAAAUACUUCUAGCCAUAAAGCACAUACUUUCGACUACUGCAUAUUUCCAUGUUGCCCGGACGCAGUGAUGGUCAAAAUGGAUGAGACCGUUUGACUAGCCAUCUCCACGUAAUUUGCACAGUGAAUGCCCACUUCAAUUUUGGUUUGGACAUGCUUACCAUUUCAAUAAUUGUAGCUAUUGGCUCAUUUAAAUCAAGUCUGAAGGAUCAAGUUUCUUGUCCCUGUUUAGUCAUCUCUUCAUGCUCCCAGAUCUCAGCAGUUUGGUGAAGACAUUGUGACGAUAAACCAACAUAAACGAUUCCGAAUGCUACAAAUAUGAAACUCAAGCUGAAUUAAACCAAGAUGUGAUAGAUUAUAUGGUUUGAUUAGUUCCACAAGUUAGAAAAGAAAAUAGAAAAUAUUUGUAUCUAAAAGCUUCAUAUACAGUCCACUGUAUGUGAUUAGUGUUAAAGGCUUGGAAAUAUUCCCUCUGGUUAAGAUGCUUUCAUUUCAGUAUGGUCUUCAUCUCAGGGAGGUAUAACUGCUUGCUUCAGUGCUGUUGAGAAUCUAACAGUCACACGUACUGAAUCCAUUCCACUAUGGAGCCUUGUAGAAUGUGUUGGUAGAUAAUGGAGUGAACCAUAAGUGUGAUGGUUUCACAAAAAGAGUCUUGAUAUUGUAGAGUGUAUUAAAGGGUAAUUCAGCUUUAUAUACCCUAUCAGUGAAAAAUGUUUGAACACCAUUAUUUGCAAAUAAUUCCUACAGGUCCCCAACUUUAAUGGUGACUUACUUAUCCCUUAGUGCAACAUGUAUUCUGAUACAUGAACAGCAUAACACAUCCUUUAGCAACAUAAUGAAGCAGCACACAGUUCUACAUGAUGGAAGAGCAGCUCAGUCUCCAGAACUAAGGUCUUUGCAAACUGAGUCAUCAGUCAAUAUGUUUCUUAUGCAACGAUGAAAGUUGUUGAGUGUGAUGCGUUUUGUUAUUCUAUUGGUUUCAAGAAUUCACAGUAGGAGAUCAAAUGGAGUGGGUCAGUGAGGACGAUUUUGUUGUGCUCUCACUUAUUGAAAGAGGAAGAAAAACCUCAAAUCCUGAGAAGCCUUCAGGAAGAAGGAGAAUUUCAUCUUCUGAUCAAUGAGCUGAGCAAUCAUCCAGAUUGCUUCCAAGCCUUUGUCGGGAUGUCAGUGGUCCGGUUUGGUAUUUUACCAGGACUGAUAUCACACAUUAAAAAGAAGGAAACAAAUUCCUGGGAUCCAAUUGAUCCUGAACAGCUCAAACUCUCUAGAACAACUUUGACAGACGCAAAUAAAAAAGCAACAAAUCAUGUUCUAAAAUCUUGAUGAUGGACGGAAAUGCAAACUUGAUGUGCAAAGAUCUUUUAACCCCAAGGAGAGAGAGAAAGCCUCCUUCGGAGCUGGAGAGCCCUUGUCUUCCACUGUUUUAGAGCUACACAUGUGCCUGUUCAAGACCCACUCAGAGAAGGAGUCUUCCUUUUAACAUCAUUGAGGCUGAACAUUAAAUUCUCCACUCUAUAAUACACAAAUAAAUAAGAAUCAGAAAUACUUUAUUGAUUCGAUGGGGAAAUUGUAUGGCAUUAUAGUGAACAGAUUUUAGCAGCACUCUGUAUCUCCACUCAGAUUUCCAUGGCUGUGUGUCCAAUGAAGGUCAAAAACAAGCUCUUUGAGUUUAUGAUUCCUUUAAAAAAGCAGACAAUCAGUUUAAAGUUAAAAAAUCUAACUUAUUUAUUUAUAUAUCGGAGAGUGGGUGUUGGCAUUCAGCUGUUUAUGAUUAAAGUUUAUUAUGUAGGCAUACAGUUGUUAUAACUCAAACAAGGGCUCUCUGGCUCUGCAGGUUGAUGAUAUUGCAAGGAGCUUCAAGUGGAAUAUCUGUUCCAGUUUGGGGUCAAACUUUCCAAACAAUGUUUGAUUUAUUGUAGAAAGAAAAUCAUGAUUGUUUAGCUGCUAACAUUUUCAAUUGUUUACUUGUUUAUUCAUAAACAAUGAGACACACAAGUAUGAACGUCUAAAUAACAGCUGGAGAAUUGAGGUGUUCUAACACUUUUGACUGCUAUUGUAUAUAGAUAUAUACACUAUAUCUUAUUCGAAGCUUAUGUAGCAUUCUUCUUUCUUACAUGUCACGUUAAGAAAUUAAAGAUGUCGACUUUAAAGCCAGUGUUGUAUAACCAAGAACAUGAGGACAAUUAUAAAUUCUGCAUAACUUACUGUUGUUGAUCAGAUACAUUGAUGUAUUUGCUAUCUGUUUACAAUAUAUGUGAUUUACUGUCAUUUUCAGCGCUGUGUGAAAUGCAGAACUGUUUAACUCAAAAUGUAGCUUUGACUCACAUAGUUGAAGCGUUUAAUUUUGCAGAGACGUCUAAAAGUUUAUCGACCGCUGAAAUCACUGGAACAUAAAGCUGGAGGGAGAAUAAAUAAAUCCUCAUCAUGGACCGAAAACAGACUGCUGCUGGCUCAUGUCAGAGCCACCAGCUGAUGUGAGACAUUAACGAGAAUUUAUAGAAAUGUGUUUUUUAAAUAUUGCAAAAUAAGACAUGCACGUAUGAUUUGUUAUUGCAAGUCAAAAAAAUAAAAAACUUCACUGAAUUGCUUUGCUCAGCCUGAGUGAAGACAUUGCUAUAAGGACACUUUUGCUUUGGAUGAGUCAUGUCUCCUUCAUCACAGGACGUCCACCUGUCAUUCAUACGCCCUCUAGUCCCUUUGUGCUCUUGGUUAUGUGCUCUAUUGUGUCUAAGAAAAGAAUUAAAGACACUUGCA